ACAUUCGGUUUGCUGGACGAGGCGACAUGGAGCGCGCAUGGAGCAAGAAAGAGAAGGCUCGUCAUGAGAAGCGCCUUCUGGGCCUCUGCAAAGCCGGUCCAUUGACCGAGCUCAUCGCGUACUUGAAUGGCUUCACCACCGACCAGCAGACGCGUCUUCUGCAGGCCACGGCGGCCGGCAACGAACAGCUCUCGGGCCUGCACCUCGCGUCAGCUCACAACCAGAGCGCGAUCGUCGACUACCUCUUGACGCACCACGCGUAUCUAUUCCCUGAUGCGCGCAAGCUGUACGCGCGUACGCCAUUGCAUGAAGCUGCGCUCUACGGCCAUGCCGACGUCGUCGCCGUGCUGCUGGCCCACGGCGCGCUCGUCGCGUCGCACACAACCCGCGGGCGCACGCCGCUCAUGUAUGCGGCGCGCGGUGGCCACCUCGAUGUGCUAGACCUUCUCCUCGCUGCCGGCGCCAACAUCAACGACCAAAGCGAGACGGGGCUCACCGCGCUGUACGAAGCCGCCAAGCACGGCCGCGCCGACGCCGUGCGCCGACUGCUUUCGCAUGGCGCCAAUGUCCACGCGAGCUCCCAUACACGCCACACGCCGCUGCACAUUGCAAUUGGUGAAGGCCACGUCGAAGUCGCAGACCUCCUCCUUUGCGCGGGUGCAGACGCCGCGGCGACCGAUGCCAUGGGCGUCACCGUGUGGCACGAAGCCGCCGGCACGGACGCGACGGUGACGAAGCGCAUGGUCGCGAUGCUGCAAUCCCACAACGUGGUGCUGCGACACGACAUGGUUGACGUUGUCAUGGCGCGGCAUCCGUUCCAUUACGCUGCCGUCGAAGGGCACGACGUGUUUCUCCAAGUGCUGCUCGAGACGCGCCUCGUGACCGACGUCAACAUGCAGGACGUCGAUGGAUGUUCUGCGUUGUACUACGCAGCCGCCAACGGCCAUGUCGACGUCGUGCGCCGUCUCUUGGAGGCAGGGGCGGACCCGAAUCUGUGCUCGGUUCGCCGCAGUCCGCUGCACUGCGCGGUCUCGUGGCAGCGCACAAAUUGUGUUGCGCUUCUCUUGGAGAACGGCGCGAGUCGGGACGUCCGCGAUCUCGACCACCUCACGCCGCUGGAUAUUGCAUCGCGGGAUGGCUUUGACGCGAUCGUCACGCUAUUGGAAACACCGCCGCAAGCCAACGACGACUCGGAUCUGGUUUCAUUACAAUAAAAUUGUGUAAAAUGGCUUGCCGCGAGAUUCUCGUCCGUGCCACACCAUGCGCGCCGGCCCACGCUCCUGUCCCACUUGGUGC